AGAGAGAGAGAGAGUGUAUAAGGCAAAAGCUUGAGUCUUGUUCACGCCACAACGAAGAGAGAGAGAGAGAGAGAGAGAGAGAGGGGUCGUCGCGUUGCUCCCGCAACCUUUUCCUAUAAAAAGCCCCUCACCUUUUCCCCUUCCCUCUCAUAACCCCCCUUCUCUCUCUCUCUCUCUCUCUUCCCUUUCUCUCUCUCUUACGCCUCUCUCUCCUCGCUCCACCUCGGAAAAUGGCAUAUGGGUUCUUUUAGUCCCACACUCCCACCCAUUUCGACCCGUAACCGGUGUAAACCCUGCUCCCGCAUCUCCCUCGGCGCAGAGAUUUGAGGGGCCAGCUAGGGUUUGAGGAGCUUCUUCUUCUGUGUGUGUUGGGGGGCCGUUAAUGGAGAAGCAGAGCGUGGUGCGGCAUGGGGGAGGAGGGGUGGUGAGGCUCCCCCCAGGGUUUCGAUUCCACCCCACGGACGAGGAGUUGGUGUUGCAGUACCUAAAAAGGAAGGUUCUUUCGUGGCCAUUACCCGCCGCCAUCAUACCCGAGGUCGAUCUCUCCAAGUUCGAUCCUUGGGUGUUACCUGGUGGGGGCGAAGAUGAGAGAUACUUCUUCAACCGAGUAGAGGCGAAAUACCCAAACGGUAUUCGAUCGAACAGGGCGACGGUGUCCGGGUAUUGGAAGGCGACAGGGAAAGAUAGGCAAAUAGUUGGUGGUAGGUUCAACCAAGUAGUGGGGAUGAAGAAGUUCCUUGUGUUCUACCAAGGAAGGCCCCCGAGGGGUACGAAAACCGAUUGGAUCAUGCACGAGUAUCGCCUCUCCGGACCCGAAUCCCAUAAUCCCGCGGUGUCGACCAACGGAUGGGUGCUCUGUCGCAUUUUUAAGAAGAAGAGAGCCACCACGACGGAAGUCGAGAUCGAAGAGCAGCAGACUCCAGUUAACCCAGCGGUCUUCAUAGGUUUAAUGAGGCGGCGAGAACACCCUUCGAAUCCGCCCUCGCCUUCAUCAUCCUCGUCGGACUCGAGCUGCGUCACGGAUCUUUCUGAUGAAUCUGCCAACGGAGAGGAGACGAGUAGCAGUUGUAAUCGUUCAGCUCCGUGAGGAGGAGAGAAAGCUGGACCUUCUGCUUUACUGUACCCGUCGCGGUUGAGCCUCCCCGCCCCGCCUUUGAUCUUUCGGAAAAUCCAACAUAAAUAACUCUGAGCUUUAGGAACUGUAACCUCUUUUAAUCUUCUUGUACAAGUUCUUUUUUACUUACAUGUUAGGUACAAGAGAGCCCUAUGCUGCAAGCUGAAUUUGAUGGCUAAUCUUGCAAAGAUGUUUUUUUUCUUAAUGAAAGCCAAUGUUCUCAAUUA